GCAGUCUACCUGUGGCCUUCGGUGUGCGAUACUGCGAGGCUCUCGUCGUUCAUUUGCACCCAGGAGGCGGCCUUUCGUCAGCUCAUAUAUCUCACCGGUUUGAGUGCUUAAAUAAUCGAACAUUUUGUGACUGAAAUCGAAAAAUCUCAUACAUAGGCCCACUCCCAGCGGCUGGUUAAACACUCCAAAAAGAUACUCCUGACAAUAGAAUAGAAAACUGUGAUAAGAAAACAUAACCUCACUUCGAUACGGUUACUAAAAUAAUAUUUCUGGGGACUUAAUAAAUAUUUUAAAUAAUCAAAAUAUGAUGAAAACCAAGUCAAUUCACUUGACAUUCAACUGUGUACGAACAAAAUUAUAAAGAUAACCUUAAUUACGAGCUAUAAUUAAGUGAAAAGUGACAUACACUCAACUAUCAUCAUUGACUGUUCCUAUUCAAUGUGAUAAUAUAAGUUAUAUUAGAACAUUGGAGUGGUGACAUCAUUUUCUAGUCAAUUCAUCUCAAUUCAAGUUUGGUUUGUAACUAUUGGCUGUGAGGGACUUCAAAUUCAAGCACACAACAUGUCAUCAAGAUAAUCGGACGAUCAGUGGCCAAAUUUCGGGCCACGUUUUCCACUGUGACACCGGUUCAACCCUGCAAGUUAUAAGAUGAACCAGCAGUGCAAGGUUUGCAAUGAACCAGCGGCUGGAUUUCACUUCGGAGCGUUCACGUGCGAGGGAUGCAAGUCAUUCUUCGGACGGACCUACAACAACCUGAGCUCGAUAUCCGAGUGCAAAAACAAUAACGAGUGCGUAAUCAACAAGAAGAACCGGACGUCGUGCAAGGCAUGUCGACUGCGCAAGUGCCUGCUGGUCGGAAUGUCCAAGAGCGGAUCGCGCUACGGCCGCAGAUCCAACUGGUUCAAGAUACACUGUCUGCUGCAGGAGCACAACGCAUCGGCAGUUUCACCGAAUCCCAAUUUGGGUUAUCAGGGAUUGUUCAAUCCGGGCCAAUUGUUGGCUUCUGACAAGUUUCUACAGAGUAGACUGUACAGUGGGUUCGGGGAGUCGGGGAAGAAGGAUAAGAAAGGCGAGAGACAUUCUAGUUCCGAGGAGUCGGGCGCGAGUUCUGUGGAGGACUGUGAAGAGGAUGCGUCGUCACGGUCGGCGAGUGCCAUGAGCUACAUGCGACCCCCCUCCUCGCACCAGACGCCGUCGCCGUUCAGUGAAAAAGACUACGCAAGUGCGCGCAACCCCAAACUGUCACCCCUAGGCAUUGGCAUAGCUCCUCCCUUUCCGUCACCCCUCUUCGGCACGCCCUUCCUCACGUCACCCGUGCGCCCCCUGUCGGUGACUCGACCUGGCCUGACCCCCGCCCCCGCCCCUGCACAGGCACCCUCCACCCUCAUGUACCUGGACACCAGUUGCUGGCCGACGGGUGGCGACCUCAUGCUCUGCAGUCCCGCCCCCGGAGGCAUCCCCCUCGAGCAGGAGCAGCCUAUCGAUUUGUCCGUCAAGUCGGCGUCCACCACUCAAGUCAACAUCAAAGUUCCCCUCACGCCCCCACUCAUCGAACCUAGUAAACCCACAUCUGGUACACCCCUCGAUCUAACUAAUAAGAGGCCUGAAGUGUCGCCUCAGCUAGGAUGAGCUCAUCACAAUAAUUGUUGUCUGAUCCUGAUUGAUACAACUUUAGACAAUACUUAUAAGACUAUUUUCGAUUGAAAUCCAUCUGUUAUUCAUAUUUUCGAUUUCUUUAUGGUGGAAACAUGUCAUAGUGGAUAUCCUAAAAGUUGUUUGCGAAAACGUAAUGUACACCGGAGGCUGCUUAUUUGAAUUGCAUCUCUUCGAAUUGGAUCAACAACCAUUUCAAUCUUUUCACGAAAAGUGGAUUUGAUUACUAUCACAUGAUGUUCGAAUCGAAUACAAUGGGAAAUUGAAUUUUUGGCAAUUUCCUAUUCGGAGCUUUGUAGUUCAAUCGCUACAAAUAACGAUUUUUUCAUUAAUUUUAAAUGAUUCCUAUUUGAAAGAUUACUCCGAAGACUCUCCAGAUAGAGUACUUCAUUCAAUCCAACAUUGUUAUGUUUUGAUUGAUACUGAUUGUUCCAACUGAUACUGAUACUGUAUGAUACUGAUUGAUACUGAUUUCUGUAAUCUAUUUGCUGUAAUAAGUAAGUUGAAUCUAUAAGCAGUAUAAGUCUGCUCAUUCAUUCAAGUAUUUUGUUCCGUUGUUUAUAGAAAUCAAAUUUUGCAUGCGCAUAAACAGACAUUCACAAAUAAUACUGUUGGAAGAGUGGAAAAAUAUUAUUAUAACUUUGGAGCACGAAGACUGAGCUACCCCUUCGGACUUGUAGACUAGUGAAGACUCAAUGAGAUAAAUAAUUUGUAUCCCGGUGUAAGUCUUUUUUACAAGUUUGUGUUCUGUUACUCGUUUUAUAGAUAAUAAUAAUGUAUCAUGUUCAUGUGCCUUGAAGGUCAUUCUUAUUCUGUAAGAAUAAUCAUCACCGUAUAAGAAAAUGUGAAAAUUUAAAAAUAAUGCUGGUCAUCAGUUUAAGAGUUGUAAAAUAGUUUUGUAUAAAAAGUAUUAUUUAUUUUAGUGUCUCGAUCAGAGUACGUUGUUAUCAAGCUAAGGACAUAGGCCAGUUUAAAACUAGCAUCAAAUUUAUAUUUUGAUACGUAUGGGCAUAAUUAUAUUUAUUUUUGUAUAUUUUCAUGUAUAUUUCUUGUUGACAUUCUUGUUUUCCUACUGUUUCAUUGAAACACCAACUCAUAGUAAUAAUUGAAUAAAAAGUGUUCUCGCUGAAAA